UCAUAUAAUUACUGCUCAGCACAGCGAAGCUCCAUGACGGACACCGCACUGAAGACCGAACCUCCUCCUCGCGGUGUCCUUACGGUGACAUGGCUGCUAGUUGCUGCGACGCCAGGACCUGAAGCCUGGAGACGCCACUCACGUGUUCUGCGUCAGCCUAUCAGCUUUAGCCGUCUGCUACUUCCGGUCUCUUGGAUCACGUGACAGGCUCCCCGCGGCGGCUGCUUCUGCAGGUCGGCGUCCUCCAUGGCGGCAGUGGACAGCUUUCACAUCUUAUACAGAGCGGUGGCCCAGACGUGUCACAACAACUUGGAGUUUUUGGCUGUGGUUGGCGCCCUGUACACAGCCAGGAAAAGCCUCUGCAUCUUGUCUGAUUGUUACCGUCUGCUCAGACUUCAUCUUACCCCGUGUCUGCUCCGCAGGAGAGACUUUGUCCAGGAGUAUGGAGAAUGGGCGGUUGUGACCGGUGCCACCAACAGCCUUGGCAAAGCAUAUGCAGAAGCACUCGCCAAGCGUGGUAUGAAUGUCCUCCUGAUCUGCAGCCAGAGAGAGGCCUUACACAGCGUUUCUGAGGCCAUCGCUGUCAUUUACGGAGUUAAUACGAACUUUAUUGAUGUCGAUUUCAGCCGAGGCCCGGAGGUCUAUCCCUCCAUUAAGGGGGCACUGAGAAAUUUAGAUGUUGGGAUUCUAGUGAAUAAUGCUGCAGGGUUCGAUGAGCGUCCAGAAGGUGUCGUUGCGAUGCCAGAGGAUACAGUUUGGGAGAUCAUUCACGUCAACAUGGCUGCAGCUGUAAUGAUGGCUCACCUAGUGCUCCCGGGAAUGGUGGAGAGGAAGAGAGGUGCCAUCGUCAAUGUGAUAUCUGGGUCUGAUGGCAAAAGUGACCCCCAAACCGCUGCCUCCAAGGCCUAUCUAGAAACCUUCAGCAGAAAACUAGAUUCUGAGGUGUCGGCCAGUGGAAUAUUUGUGCAGUGCUUAACGCCUUUACAUGUAGGAGGCACACAACACACAUCUCAUUAUGGAACCUCUCACAUGUUUGCUCCGUCUCCUGAUGUUUAUGCUCGCCAUGCUGUGAGAACAUUGGGGUUCUCCACCAGGACCACAGGAUACUGGGCUCAUUCAUUGCAGGUCCUCGCUUGUCGAUGGAUUCCCGGCUGGUUAUGUAGCUCAAUAGGAAGAUUUGCCCAACAGUGAUAAAUGGAUGUGAUGUUAUGACCAAGAUGAUAGUCUUCACACUCGCUGUUGUGUCUCUGCUGUGGUGCCACCACUUGAAUAUGUUUCAAGUACCUGUCAUCUGAACUUAAGACUUAAAGGGUUAUUCCACCUAAACAUUUAUGGCAUAUCCACAGGACAUGCCGUAAAUGUCCAAUAGAUGCAAGUCUCUGUGUUUGUGCUUCUCUCUCCAUUCACUUAUAUGGGGCUACCGAAAAUAGUGUGUUUGGCUGAUUUCCCAUAGAAGUCCCAUAGAGGUGAAUAGAGAAAGCUGCUGCAGCCAGUUACUGGCCUCAGCUGUCUUGUGCUGUUCACCACUGAGGCCAGCAGCUGGCUGCAGCGGUAUAUGGGCUGUCACCACUGCAGCCCAGGAAAGUGGAUGGAGUAGCCGUGCUGGAUCAGAAGGUAAGGUAUUUUUUUGUUAUUUUAACAGGCUUCCGCCACUUUACUAGAAUAAAAUAGGAACUCGGGGAAGACCUCUUUAAGCCUGUAUAUUGUAUAGAAACAAGUGUCUCUGAAAAGGCAGAAAUGACACUCCUUAAUGGUCACUAUACUUUCACUAUGCAGACUUUGCAUAACUCAAUAAUAUAAACAAAUGUAAGAAAGAUUGUUCACUGAGCGAUGAGACAAGUUGUCAGCUCACGGAGGGAAUAGGUUACUUGCUGCUCAUAGAAGUCUAUGGAGGAGGAGUGAGCUGCUCGAGGGAGACAUGCACAUACAAUGCUGCUAGCUCUAGUAAGUUUUCUGUCUCGCCCCAGUGCUGGAUUCACAGCUUCACUGCUCAUCCAUUCUGCUGCUUCUGAAGGUGUGCUACAGAGAGACUGGGGAACAGGCUCUUGUGUGUGCAGUGUAUGGCAGACAUCAUAGCAGCUAGACUCCAGCCACUAUCUCAGCAAGAACUGACUAUUAAAGAUGUAGUCUGCAGGAGGUUAACGAUAAAUGCAGAAUACAAGUCAUAUAAUGAAAAGAUACAGCGUAGUUCCUCAUAUGCACACAAAUGAUGAGCUUAUUCUAAAAAGUCACCUGAACCGACAAAUACACUUAAAGGGGUUGUCCCCUCAGAGCUGAACUCAGACACACCCCGAUCAGCACUCCUUUACCAUGAAUGAGUGGAGCAUCAGAGCUUUUUACGCUCCGAUGCUCCCCCUUGCCCUGCACUAAAUCACGCAGGACAAGGG